UCUGCCACUGUUUAGGGGCUGAUUUGCUUAGUGGUAUAUUACCUGAUCUCUGUCAGAAAUACCCAGAUUUACAUUUCACAAUUUGAGGAAAGAGACCAAAGAGAAUCAUUUUGGAAGAAGUAUGGGAAAAAUACCAGCUACAUGACAGGGUAUGUCUUUUGAGAGCUUAAGAACACAAGAAUGUUAGAAAUGUCUUAGUUCAAGGGCAUUUUUUAAAUACCUCCCUUACCAAAGCAUUCUGCAUGGUGAUAAUGGAAUCAGCCAGUAGUGGUUUGCAGGUUAGUACCAGAGUUGGUGGAAUUCCUGAGGUGCUCCCAGAAAAUCUUAUUAUUUUAUGUAAGCCUUCAAUAAGAUCUUUGUAUGAAGGAUUGAAAAAAGCCAUUUUCCAACAGAAAUCAGAAGAAUUUCUGGCUCCAGAAAAUAUCCAUAACAUAGUAAAGAUGUUCUACACUUGGAAGAAUGUCACAGAGAGAACUGAAAAAGUAUAUGAGCGGGUGGCAGGAGAAGCUGUGUUGUCAAAGGAAAAGCUACUAGACAGGCUCAUCUCUCAUUGUGGCCCAGUAACAACCUACAUUUUUGCUUUGUUUGCUGUGAUCAGCUAUCUCUUCCUCAUUUUCCUGAGAUGGAUGAUUCCAGAUUCUACCACUAAUGUUGCUGUAGAUGUCACUGGGCCAGGGAGUGCUUGGAAUCAUCAGUAUCCUCACAGUAAAAAGAGGGAUGAAAGUGAUGAGGUGUCUAAAACCAGGUAG